AUGGAUUACCUUCGUCCUCGUUCCGGCUUCCAGCCCUGUGAUACCUUCUUCAUCGAAGAUGACUACCGCCAGCGUGCCGAGAAGCAAGCCAAACAGGAGCACGAUAAGCUUGUUGCUCGUGAACGGCAAUAUGCUAUCGCGGAUCAGCUGUCCAGGCUCACCAGCGAUGAACUUCGGGAUGAUGUUCUGAGCCACAUGCUGGAAAUGGAUGGCCAAACGCUUCCGGACGUCGAAUCGAUUGAUAUCCAAACAGAGAUCCAGUGGUUCAUGCGACCUUACCUUCUUGACUUCCUCAUUGAGGCUCACACAGCUUUCCAGCUCCUUCCAUCAACAUUGUUUCUUGCCAUCAACCUGUUGGAUCGCUACUGCUCCAAGCGUGUUGUGUACAAGCGACACUACCAGUUGGUCGGCUGCGCAGCUCUCCUCAUUGCCGCGAAGUAUAACGACAAGAAGGAUCGGGUGCCUACCGUCAAGGAGCUCAAAUCGAUGUGCUGCUCCCUCUACGAUGACGACAUGUUCAUCCAAAUGGAGUGGCACGUCCUGCAGACCCUUGGCUGGACCAUCGGCCACCCGACUGUGGAUAGUUUCCUCCAGAUCGCUGUCCUGGACGAGAUCUACGACCCGGAGGUGGAACACAUGGCUCUCUACAUCCUUGAGAUUGCUCUGUUCCACCGUGACUUCGUGUCUAAGCCGUCGUCCGAACUCGCUCGGGCCGCCCUGGCGCUCUCUCGUUGCAUCCUGAACCGCCCUCAGCCACGCCACACUCACUGGGCUUCUCAGUAUGACUCGAUGACUCUUGUUGGCUUGUCCCAACAACUCCAUCAGCCAUCCACUGUCGUUGCCCGGAAGUAUGCCUCGGCUCACUACUCGCGGGUCUCCAAGGUGCUGGAGCACUUCCUCAACCGCCAAGCUUCUCUGGCCAGCUAUUCUCGUUCUACCCCGCCGGUCGAGACUCCCGUGGAGUCGAAGCCCUAUGCCGGGGAGAUGGGCCUUGCUACCCCUCAGAAGUCGCAGUUGACAGCUGUUGCGCAUGGAUACCUGACUCCGCCGAUCACACCCGAGAAUGCAGCUUACAUUGCACCCCAUUGGUUGCUCGCCGUCGCCUGCCCAUCGUCCGAGAUGCAGUAUGUGCCAACUGAUGUCUACCAACAACAGGAGGUGAUGUACAUGUCUCAGUCACAGGCAAUGCAGCAAUACCCCCCAGCGCCAAUGGUGGUUGAACCCAGCUAUGCUGGUGCGAUGUAA